UCAUUCUGCCCUCAUUUCCUUUUCUUUCUCUUCCUUCGUUCUCUCUUUUGGAGAUCAUUCUAGCCCUAAUUUCUUUCUUUGUCUUCCAUCUCGUUCAACUCUUCAAUUUCGUGCCCUCCCCUUCCCUCCCCGCGACUACACCGGAACGGCCACUGCACGCGGCGGCGAUCGAUUUUGCCCUCCCUAUAUCUCUGCCUCUUCAGUUUCGUGCCCCCCAUCCCUCCUCGCGACUGUACCAGAGCCACCACCUCACACGGCGGAGAUCGAUUUGGCUCUCCCUGCAUUUGCCCCUGAAAUUUCAUCGAUUUUACAUAAAUGGAAUCCUCCAAAUGCACGUACAUGGCAAAGUGGACUGAGCCGUUGACCGAAUUGUUUGUAAGUCUGAUGGUAGAUGAAGUAAAAAAGGGAAAUCGCACGUCAUGUACCUACAACAGAGUUGGGUGGAUUAACAUUGAAAAAGAAUUCAAUGAACAAACAGGACUUCACUUUAGUCUAACACAGUUCAAGAACAAGGCACAUAAACUGAAGAGACAAUAUGGUAGUUUUAAGAAACUGCUUUCAACAACGGGAUUUGGAUGGGACGAUGACAGCAAGAGGGUUGUUGUGGACGAUGAAACUAUUUGGGCAAAUCACAUUAAGGAUAAUACUGAAUGGGCCAAGUUCAGGAAGGACGGAUUUCCUUUGUAUUCACAGCUUUGUGUUGUGUUUGGGGAUACAUACGCCACUGGGGAGUUUGCAAUAGGAAAUGCGCAAAGCGUGGCACCGUCGGAGGGUACAGGUGACAGCGGUGGUGGUGGUGACAAUGAUGUUCAUGUCAACCUAAGCGAACCUGAACUGUUUUUCGAAACUCAAGUUGAUGCGGAACAAUUUAACGUGCCGACGAGCCCACCUCCAAAAAGUCACAUGUUGGAUAGGACUCCAAAUGCCAAGAGGAGGAGAAAGAGCAGUUCGCAUUCAUUUGACGCGACUUGCAAAGCCAUUCAAGAGAUGAUCAAAGCUAAGACGGUUCAAACAUCAAGUGCCUCCGUCACCUCACAGUCCUCAACACCUAUGGACCCUUACUCUAUAGCAACCGUGGGUGCUGUCCUAAAUGCCAUGCAUGACUUGGACAAGGCUCUUUACAUCAAAGCUAUGAAACAUGCUGUCAUUAAUGCCUCUUGGAGAGAGGGCUUCCUAACAUGUCUUCCCGAAAUGAGAGUUGCCUUUAUUGAGGCUAUGGAUGAGUAGUUAGGGGCUGUUGAGUAGUUGUUGGGCUAUAGUAUGCCGUUUUAUGUUUGAGUUCAUUUCGGCUUUUCACUUAUGUAUUUCAGACAUUGACUUGUCUUUAUGACUAUGCGUUUGUGAUGAUGUUGAAACUUUGCUUUAAUGUGAUUGAAUUCCAUAAUUAUCUAUUGAGUGAUAUUAAA